CCCAGAUUAGACAGUGACUUUGACGUGAAGUUGAUGCACCUUAAGCCCCGUGUCGCCUUUAUAUGGAAACAUUAAGCUGCUCUCCCAGGUCAGGGGGAGGUGGGGGGGAGGACUUCAGGCUCUGGGUCCUCUUCUCUGGGGUCCUGCCGUUGCUGGUGGGAGGUGUGUGUGCCCUGAGGCCGAGUCCCACGUGCUGCCUGUGAACUGGGCCGCGUUGGAUGCAGACAGGCCCCCCCCGGAGGUGAAGGCCCCUCCUGUCUGCUUUAUGAAAUGGACAAGAUCACAUCUGCCUCACGGGACUGAGGGUGGCACAGAAGGAUUUAGGAAAGCAGAGUCCUGGGUUGGAAAGGCUCAGGACCAAAGCAGCAGCCCACCCCUGGCACUUCGUGCGUCUGGCCAGGUCUCUGAGCCCACUCCCCAGCCUGUGAACCGGAGUGAUGAUCCUGACCUCCCAGAAUCCUGAGCAGCCAAGGUUCGGGGCGCCCGCCCCCCGCUAGGCCAAGUGGAGGGGGUGUCCCCGCCCAAUGGGCCUGGCCAGGGCCCUGCGCCGCCUGAGCGGCGCCCUGGAGUCGGCGAACAAUCGGGCGGGAGAUGAGGAGCAGGCCGGGCCCGAGUUGUGCCGCAACGGGUGGGCGCCAGCGCAGUCGCAAGUGGGGCGGCGCCGCGGGCGCUUCGUCAAGAAGGACGGGCACUGCAACGUGCGCUUCGUGAACCUGGGCGGCCAGGGCGCGCGCUACCUGAGCGACCUGUUCACCACGUGCGUGGACGUGCGCUGGCGCUGGAUGUGCCUGCUCUUCUCCUGCUCCUUCCUCGCCUCCUGGCUGCUCUUUGGCCUGGCCUUCUGGCUCAUCGCCUCCCUGCACGGCGACCUGGCUGCCCCACCGCCAACCGCCCCCUGCUUCUCGCAGGUGGCUAGCUUCUUGGCCGCCUUCCUCUUCGCGCUGGAGACGCAGACGUCCAUUGGCUACGGCGUGCGCAGCGUCACCGAGGAGUGUCCGGCCGCCGUGGCCGCUGUGGUGCUGCAGUGCAUCGCCGGUUGCGUGCUGGACGCCUUUGUCGUGGGCGCCGUCAUGGCCAAGAUGGCCAAGCCCAAGAAGCGCAACGAGACGCUGAUCUUCAGCGAGAACGCCGUCGUGGCGCUGCGCGACCGCCGCCUCUGCCUCAUGUGGCGCGUCGGCAACCUGCGCCGCAGCCACCUCGUCGAGGCCCACGUGCGGGCCCAGCUGCUGCAGCCUCGCGUGACCCCGGAGGGUGAGUACAUACCACUGGACCACCAGGAUGUGGACGUGGGCUUUGAUGGUGGCACCGAUCGCAUCUUCCUUGUGUCUCCCAUCACCAUCGUGCAUGAGAUCGACUCUGCCAGUCCUCUGUAUGAACUAGGGCGCGCCGAGCUGGCCCGGGCUGACUUUGAGCUGGUGGUCAUUCUCGAGGGCAUGGUCGAGGCCACAGCUAUGACCACACAGUGUCGCUCUUCCUACCUCCCUGGUGAGCUGCUCUGGGGACAUCGUUUUGAGCCGGUCCUCUUCCAGCGUGGCUCCCAGUACGAGGUUGACUAUCGCCACUUCCAUCGCACUUACGAGGUCCCAGGGACACCCGUCUGCAGCGCCAAGGAGCUGGACGAACGGGCAGAGCGUGCUUCCCACAGCCCCAAGUCUGGCUUCCCCAGCUCUCUGGCAGCCUUUUGCUAUGAGAAUGAACUUGCUCUGAGUUGCUGCCACGAGGAAGAGGAGGAAGAGGAGGAAGAGGAGGAAGAGGAGAGGGAUGCGGCAGAGGCAGAAGACAGGGCUGCCAGCCCCCGAGUACUCACACCAACCCUGGCGCUGACCUUGCCCCCAUGAUACAAGCUGGUACCCCCCUAUUUGUACCCCUUUCCCAGAGGUAGCAAGAUGGAGAGAUUGGGCCCUCUCCUGGGAUGAGGGCAGGUGUUUCCUAAGACCAACAGGCCUGCUGGGUAAAUUAUCAGCUGGUGAUGUUCUGCCACAUCUAGUGGACCUACCAAUGAACAUACUGGACCUUAAUUCCUCUGAAUUCUGUGCUCCCUCCUGAGACCCCUUUGUCAGCCCAAUUCCUGAGUCUCCCCAGAGAUAAGGGAUCCAGAAUUCUAGACCACCGAAGAGGCAAGGACUGGUAUUUCUAGAUUCCUCUAGGUGGCUGGUUUGGUUUGUCAAGCAGGAUCAUGAAAUGAUCGUACAGCCCACCUCCAGGGGAAGAAGUCAUCUGUUCUCAAGCAGCAGCAGAGAUGAAGAAUUUGUUGGUCUGAAUUGACCUAAGAUUCAAGGCACUGUUUCUUCUCGACUCAGCCAACCACAUAGCAAGUCAUUUUUUCUAGACGACCUAAGGAGGGAAAGUUAUGGAAUGCCCCAAGAAUUCAAGACUAUAUUGAUUGACCAAUGACAAGGAAUGUUGACUGCAAGUCAGGAAAAGACUUUGCGGUUGCAGAAAACCCCAGUGUUGAGAUUCUGUGAAUACAGAUUGACCACAGAGGCAAGCACUGGGGAUUCUAGAACAGCUGUGACCAGAGAUUGGACUACUCCAGAAACUAAAGAGUUAUGUUUCUAGAAUGCACAAAACAAUUGGAGAGUCUGUGGGUCUAGAAGGACUAAAGUGACAGAUUGGGAGUUCUUGAUAGGCGAUAACUCCAGACCACUGGCUCUACAGCAUCGAACCGAGGGGGAGAAUCAACGCUCUACAUGAUCCACAGGCUUUGUGUCUUUUUUAAGUGCCAUUCUAGAAUGUCCAAAGGAAUCAAGAUUCUGUGGCUCUAGAUUGAUCACAGAGUCAGGGAAGGAUUGGCAAUUCUGAUGUCUGAGGUGUGCUGGUUGCAGUUUGCCCAGUGGAGUGGAGACUCUCAAUGAGGAUAGAUGACUGCUUUGUGGUUCUGUAAUGCCAAAAGGAAUCAAGGCUCCAGGGAUCCAGAGUUGUCCGUUAUCAAAACCCGGAAGUUCUAAUCAGCUCCUAGAACUUGGCAGUUUGAGGAGGUGGACUCGGGACUUGACGGGCAGCAUUGCUGGGCUGACCUAGAAGGUGAGGGCUCGGGUGAGACCCUGUGGGUGACAGGGCUAGUUAUUGGGCAAGGGAAGGGAGAGGCCCAAGGCUGGUGAGUCUGCAGUGCUCUGGAAUCUUC